AUGGCAGAGCUUGAGAUAAAAUUUAAUUUUAUUGAAAUGUUGAUGGCAUUGAUUUCUCUCAUCAGCCUAAUGGUUUCGCCGUUCCUGGUCUCCGGUGAGGCGCUUACAUAUCGUCUUGGCCCGUAUGAGGCUGCUUGCUUUUAUCAGGCCAUUGACGACAUUGUCGAUAAACGUCUAUUUUUUUACUUUGCCGUCCAGAAGGCAGGAACUGCCGGCGACUCGAUAGAGGCUCGCGUCACGAAUCCAUCCGGGGUUCUAAUUUGGCAAUCCGUGGAUGUGUUUGGAGACCAAUCAUUUGAAGGGCUGGAGUUGGGCGAAUACAAGCUUUGCUUUGACAAUAAGGGGUCCUUUUCAUCAAAAACGAUCGAUUUUGAUAUAACAGUCUCUGUCGAGGACGAGUGGACACGGCCAACGGCAACGCCGUUUUCGUCUCCAAGAAGCUCGGCAUUGGAGCAAUCACUCACCAACUUGGGCGUCGAGCUGCGAACGCUUCGCUCUUACCAGAGAUAUUUUAAGCAAAGAGACUCCCGAAACAUGUUCACCGUCCAAGGCACGCUGUCCCUUAUUAAAUGGAUGACCAUCCUACAAAUCCUCUCCAGCGUCGCAGCAGCUGCAUUCCAGAGCCGUCUUUUGGAUUCAAUGUUUGCAGCCAGCCAUGCCGUGCGUGUUUAG